AUGAUUCCAAGACUUUUUCGGAAGCAAUUAUUUAGGUGUUCCAGCCUUUCAACUCGUCCCAUCCGUUUUCCUACCAGAACUGGCCCUUCACAGCUCACCAAAUCAUUCUCAAAAGCAAUAAGUUCCUCACGUAUCCCCGAUUAUGAAAUCGAAGAACCAUCAAAACGGGAUCCCACUAUGGAAACAUGCUUAAAUGCCGCAGACAUCCUAGAACGGCUUCUCCAAAAAGACGGAUUCACAAAGUGGGGCUUCGUUAUCUAUCGCUGCACAUAUCAAAGCCAAAAAGACUGGGAAAGAUUCAUAGCUCGCUUCCUCCAGUCCGUCACAGAAUACCUCGAGUCCAGCAAGGGUCUAGACAUGCUAGAAGGGUUUACCCCAACGGUCUUUAAAGACCCCUCAUUUGAUAGUGCGACUACCGCUAUUCUCCGCACCCAUUUCAGGAAGUGGGCUACGACUGCACCGCUGCAGGAACAGGGUGUCGAUACUUUCGGAAAGUCGGGUCGCUACAGAUUUUUUGUCAUGGUCGACCAGGAGGCGCUAGAGUCUGUCUUGAACUCGGACCCGGAUGCCAUGACGCAAACCGGGUUUGUUCGUCUAGUUUAUGGAGAAUGGGAACCGGAGGUAAACGAAGAUGGCAAUGAGUCAGUCGAUUUGGAUGAGGAGCUUGAGCCCCUAGAGGGAUGCACGCAGGAAGAUGUUGGUUGGAUGAAAGUGCCUUACGAUGAGGUGCAGGGGAUUGGAGCCACGGCAAUGUGCGAUAUGCACGACUGGGAUAUGUAUUAUGCUCGUCCUCCAGAAAUGCAGGCCUUGGGUUGA